GUUGGAUUCGUAUUGAUUAGGCAGUCAAAAUCACUCACUCACUAACAGUCAACAAAGCUUGCACAAAAUUAUGGCCUUAUAACCAAAGAUAUUUCUUUCUCACUAUGGACAACAAUUCUGUUUUGAGUUCUCUGUGAAGACAGUGGUGGAUUUUGUUUUUGUUUCCAGGAAUUCACAGGUAUGGGAAGUACAGAAAUCAAAUCACCUCAGGAGAUGGUUGAAAUGCCUGCAAGAUUGGACGAGCAGAGGAAGAAGCUUGGGAUGUUUUUCGUUGAAUCCGACGAUCGGAGGACGGCGUUCGGGCGUGGUUACACUGGAGGAACGACUCCGGUUAAUAUCCGUGGGAAACCGAUUGCUGAUCUUUCAAAGACUGGCGGCUGGAUAGCAGCCUUCUUCAUUUUUGGGAAUGAAAUGGCAGAGAGAAUGGCUUACUUUGGGCUGUCAGUGAACAUGGUAGCCUUUAUGUUCUAUGUGAUGCAUAUGCCAUUUACAACUUCAUCAGACGCAGUUAACAAUUUCCUUGGGAUCUCACAAGCAUCCUCUGUUCUUGGCGGUUUCAUCGCCGAUGCAUAUCUCGGUCGUUAUUGGACGAUUGCGAUCUUUACUACAAUCUAUCUCGGGGGCUUAAUAGGAAUAACUCUAUGUGCCACAAUUAGUGCAUUUGUACCAAACCAGGAGAUAUGUAAUGAGUUAUCACUGCUUCUUGGCAAAUGUGAGCCAGCCAAGGCAUGGCAAAUGACUUACCUUUACACAGUCCUUUACUUGACAGGCUUUGGGGCUGCAGGUAUUAGGCCAUGUGUGUCUUCUUUUGGGGCUGAUCAGUUUGAUGAGAAAAGCAAAGACUACAAGUCUCAUUUGGAUCGCUUUUUCAACUUCUUCUACCUUUCUGUCACCACUGGAGCCAUUGUGGCCUUCACUGCUGUUGUUUACAUUCAAAUCAAGCAUGGAUGGGGAGCUGCUUUUGGCUCCCUAGCCAUCGCCAUGGGCUUCUCAAACGUCGUCUUCUUUCUCGGUACUCCUUUGUAUCGACAUCGGUUGCCAGGAGGUAGCCCUCUCACAAGGGUUGCUCAAGUCCUUGUGGCUGCAUUCAAGAAGAGAAACGCCUCGUUUUCUAGCAGCGAGAUGGUUGGCUUGUACGAGGUCGCUGGCAAGCAUUCCGCUAUCAAAGGCAGCGGAAAGAUCCUUCACACAAAUGAUUUCAGGUGUUUAGACAAGGCAGCACUCGAGUUAAAGGAUGAUGGAGGUAAUCCAAGCCCAUGGAGGCUUUGCACAGUGACUCAAGUGGAGGAAGUGAAGAUUCUUUUGAAGCUGAUUCCAAUACCAGCCUGCACAAUCAUUCUCAAUUUAGUGCUAACAGAAUAUCUCACUCUUUCAGUGCAACAAGCAUACACCUUGAACACUCACAUAGGCCGUCUUAAGCUCCCUGUCACAUGCAUGCCAGUCUUCCCUGGCCUCAGCAUAUUCCUCAUACUUUCUCUCUACUACUCGGUAUUCGUUCCGCUCUCUCGGCGCAUCACCGGCCACCCGCAUGGCGCUUCUCAACUCCAGAGGGUCGGCAUCGGUCUAGCAAUCUCGAUAAUCUCGGUCGCUUGGGCCGGGGUGUUCGAGAGAUACCGAAGGAACUACGCAAUAAAAAAUGGAUAUGAGGCCAGUUUUUUGACCCCUAUGCCCAACUUGAGUGCCUACUGGCUGCUCAUUCAGUAUUGUCUCAUUGGCAUAGCAGAAGUGUUUUGCAUUGUUGGUUUGCUUGAGUUCUUAUAUGAGGAAGCCCCGGACGCCAUGAAGAGCAUUGGAUCGUCCUACGCCGCUCUCGCGGGCGGGUUGGGUUGCUUCGCGGCGUCGUUGUUAAACAGUAUUAUCAAAUCCGUCACGGGGAACACAAAGGAAGGAACUCCAUCAUGGCUUUCUCAAAAUAUCAACAAGGGACAAUUCGAUUACUUCUAUUGGCUUCUCACAGUCAUGAGUAUCAUCAACUUCUGCAUUUUUCUGUACUCAGCUCAUAGGUACAAAUACAGGAAAGAUCAUGAGGUUGGAGAAGGAAUCAUGGAAAAUGGAAGGCAUGGUACGAUGUAAGAUCCAACCCCGACUUAGUUGGUUAGUUUUAGAGUUGAUUUUUAAUUGUGUCAUUCCAUACAAGAAAAAUUCGAGUUUUUAAGUUAUCAAUCUCUCAUUUCUCGAU